GGGAGGGGGGGGUUGGAGAGCGCGCAGAGCCCCGCUGAAAAAUGGCUGCUGCACCGGAGUGUACUGCGCCCGGGAGCGGGCUGUAGGGCCCGCGCCACCCCGUCCCCGCUGCUCCCUUACCAUGAUGCCGGUGAGUCGCCGAAACCUGGACUGGACUUACUCCUCGUUGCUACUUGCAAUCGUCUUGCUCUCUUGGGGAUUCGUCAUCUAUGCAUCAACUGUAGCUGCACGACGGCAGCUACAAAAGGAGUUUCCAGACAAAUUCUUCUGAAUGAACUUUUGUAAUUCUUAACAAACCGUUCUUUUCCUCAAAUGGCACCUAUGUAGACUCAAAAGUAAAAUUCACAAUGCAAA